CACAGGGGAUUGGUGAGGGCGUGGUUUUCCUCGUCGAGUAGAGUGGCUCGUGUGCCUGCCUGCCCGCCCUGUGUCCUCCUGUCUGUCUGCUCUUCCUUCCAGCGACUACGCACCUUGUCGGAGGUAUAGACGGGACUCGCGACGCAGAUCCACAUAAAAAACACGAUGCGAGAUGUCCACUUCGCAUCAAAAGGUGUCUCGUCAAACCCUAUAUCAAUACGCACACUGCAUGUCUUUACAGUUGUUCCCGGUCUGACAAGGCAACCAAGGCAGUCAGUCGAGUAAACCCGACUGACGCCAUUUAUUCGCUCAGCCAUGACAGCAAAAAGCCUGUCGAGGCGCACACACUCUCAUGCAGCCACCAGAUCAGCACGAAGAGACACAUACAUGCCAGGCAGACAGGCAGACAGAGAGGCAGACAGGCCGUUUAUGUCACAGGGACGACAGGCAGGCCCGAUUGACCGCCCCUGGCUCCCACAAACAUGCACACAAAAUGGCCUCAGGAGAGAAAACAAAGAGAGACUCACAUUAUGCGAUAGAACAUCAAAGGGAGGAAAGAUGCAAUACAACAUGCGACAGGACAUGGCAGGGGGGGGGGAAGGACAGAGAGAGCGCAUCAGGAAAAACACCCACAUGACUUCCUCACUGUUCCACAUUCACCCACAGCACUUCUAUCUCGUCCGCCAUAAACUCAUACGACCCACCCAGAUAAGCAUCGCCCUCCCCAUCCCCGGCCCCCGUGUAGCCCUCAGGCACGUCGUCGCUGCCGAUGUACUGAAGGCAGCUGCGGAUGUCGUCAGCAGGCUGCUGACUGCCAUGGCCACCAAAGCCCAACUCCAGCUCCGUACCGAUAGCCAUAUUCACCAAUUCUUCCGCCUCCGCCCCUGUCACAUACACAAAGUGCCUCUCUCGGUCGAUGUCAAUCUUGGUCGGCUUGGGGAAGUGGCCGGCCAGUGAGAACCACAACACAUCACUGUCGUAUCUGUGGCUGUCGGUCGGGCCGUCGGGCAUCUGGAUACCCUCACUGAUGUAGGCGCCGAACAGAUACUGGUCCUUCCUGAUCACCAACACGACAGGCCCCAAGCCGCUCGCGUAGCCCAGCAGAUCCCAAUAACUGGUGCCGUCCACAGACGUUCUGCACACCACACACACGCGCGCACAACACACGGAGAAUCAUCGGCCAGCUGUUGUCAGGGCGUGUGUGUGUCUACCGGUAGCGUGUGUCGAGUUCCGUGGCGUUGAGGAGACCGAGCAGCCCCUCUUGUUCAGACAUAGACAGCGACGUGACGAUUGGCCGGGACUGCAUUCGACGGACCUGCACCGGCUGAGACUCGUGAGUGAGUGAACACCCAGGAAUGCAUCAAUCACAUGGCAUGUGGACAUACCUGUUGUGCACGUCUCGCCUCAACGUGGUCCCACGCCACACAAAGAAACAUCACCAUCAGCAUGAGAGCACUCCACGCAGCCGCCAUCGUGUGAACUAAGGGCAAGAGGACGAGAGAGGAUGAGAGAGCAAACAGAUUUCUGUUUGUUGAGUCGGAAGACGAAGACGAAGACACAGAGAGGAGGAAGAGGAGAGAGAGAGAGAGUCGAGGAG